UCAAUCCCUCCCGGGCUGCCGGGGCCGCUGCCGCCGCCGCCGCCGCCGCACUCAAGUUUAUUCUCCCGUCUGGUUGGGGGUCUUAGGAUUCGGUUGGUGGUUUGCACCUCUUGCUGCUGCUGUGCCCAAGGAGGGGAAGAGGAGCAGCUGCGGGAGGAUCGGAAAGGUUUUCUGAUGUAGUCAUCGGGGAGGUGCCACUCGCUCGUGCGCUCCCCCCACCCGCGCCCUCCCUUUCCAACUGAUUGAUGCGUCUCUACAAGUUGCCGGGCUUGGGGCCGAACCCGUCGGAGUCGCAGAGACACUUCUGAGAGCUCACUCGGGGCUCGGGGCACUGCGUCCGCGGGGGGGGGGGGCUCAUUCCUGCUCCCGGAAGGCUACCGGAGACUGACAUCAGCCCGUCCAGGAGUUGGAGGGAUUCGUUUGAAAGUGAUUGUUUCCCCUCCCGCUCUGCAGCCGAGCGGUUGGGUGGGCGUCGUGCUGCAGGUUUAGGCAUCCCAGCUCCGCCCGGCUGGCUGGCGGGUAACCUCUGCUCUUCCUUCACCUCGGUACCCCCACACCCGGCCGCGGAAAGCACGCGCGAGAAAUCCCCGGGGCCAGCGCCUGCGGUGUGGUCUCCCGCCGCCGCCGCCGCCGCAGUCCGACUCCGCCGGGGACCUGCUGGAAGACGCGGAGAGCCAAACUUUUUUUUUUUGAGGUUUACGAAGCAAGACCGCUCCUCGCCUGCUUACUUGCCGCUUAACCCGUUCCAGGACGCCGGCGGGGCUGGGUUUGUGGGUUCUGGAUCCCCACCCUUCCCAGCGCAGCGCAGCGCAGCGCACCGCCCCGACUCCGCAACACCUCCGACUCCUCCGCGAUUUCUGGGGGUUGCCCAGUUCAGGCACGGAGGAGGCCACCGGCGCGAAGCCCCCAUCCGCACGGAGCUCUCCUUUCUGCAGUUCCCCACCGGCCGCCCAAGUAACUUGGAGGAGCGAAGCGGGGCGCCGUGCGAGAGCCCUGGGCGGCGGAGACCUGUGCAUCCCGCGGCGCCGACGCUGAGCCGGGCCCGGCGGGCCGGUGUAUGUCUCCCCGCGGCCGCGGCGCGCAGCUCCCGGUGACUGUGCAGCGUGCGCCGCCGCCCGCCCCGACCCGCGCUGCCGUCGCUCGGCCCGGCGCGCACCUCCUUCUCCCGGGGUGACCGGCCAGCUGCCGCCGCUGCCGCCGCCGCCGCCCUCGACACAGCUUGGCACCCCUUACCCCGCCCUCGCCGCCGCCACCGCACACUCGCAUGCUUCUCUCCAUCUUGUGAUUGCUUUUUUCCUUUUGAACCCUCCAGUGGGGGUGCGAGUUUGUAUUCAGCCCCUCCACUCCACUUGCCUCUUUUCUUCUCGCUCUCCUCUCCCCCUCCCCCAGCUCGGUGUGUGCCUUUUUCUCUUCUCAUUCCUCUUCAAUUUUAUUUAUUCCUAUUUAUUUGGCUUCCUGGUCUCUCGCUCUCGUUCUCUCCUUCCCUCCUUCUCUCUCCGGAUCCCCGCUCUCUCCCCGGAGUGGCGCGUCCAGUGCUCCGCCGCUGGCCAGGCGUGAUGUUGCACGUGGAGAUGUUGACGCUUCUGUUUCUGGUGCUCUGGAUGUGUGUGUUCAGCCAGGACCCGGGCUCCAAGGCCGUCGCCGACCGCUACGCCGUCUACUGGAACAGCAGCAACCCUAGAUUCCAGCGGGGUGACUACCACAUUGACGUCUGCAUCAAUGACUACCUGGAUGUUUUCUGCCCUCACUACGAGGACUCGGUCCCAGAAGAUAAGACCGAGCGUUACAUCCUCUACAUGGUGAACUUUGAUGGCUACAGUGCCUGCGACCACACUUCCAAAGGCUUCAAGCGAUGGGAAUGUAACCGGCCUCACUCUCCAAAUGGACCACUGAAGUUCUCUGAGAAAUUCCAGCUCUUCACGCCCUUUUCUCUAGGAUUUGAGUUCAGGCCAGGCCGGGAAUAUUUCUACAUCUCCUCCGCAAUCCAAGAUAACGGAAGAAGGUCCUGUCUAAAGCUCAAAGUCUUUGUGAGACCAACAAAUAGCUGUAUGAAAACUAUAGGUGUUCAUGAUCGUGUUUUCGAUGUUAACGACAAAGUAGAAAAUUCAUUAGAACCAGCAGAUGACACCGUCCAUGAGUCAGCCGAGCCGUCCCGUGGCGAGAACGCGGCACAGACACCCAGGAUACCCAGCCGCCUUUUGGCAAUCCUACUGUUCCUCCUGGCGAUGCUUUUGACAUUAUAGCACAGUCUCCUCCCGUCACCUGUCACAGAGAACACCAGGGUCUUGGAACACCGGAGAUCCACCUAACUGCUCAUCCUAAGAAGGGACUUGUGAUUGGUUGCUUUGGCAGAUGUCAGAUUUUUGUUUUCUUUCUUUCAGCCUGAAUUCUAAGCAACAACUUGGGGCCUGCGGGGGCUAACGUAGUUGCUGCCUCCCUCGCCCCACCCCAGCCCUUGCCCUUGACUUUUCUCACCCCUUCCAAAUUAAAUGGACUCCAGGUGAAAAUGCCAAAUUGUCGUAGUGACACCGGUGGUCAGCAGCGCCUGUGCACUCUCCUGUAAGAGCUCCCCUUCUCCAGCGCCCUGUGUCAGCAGCAUGUGGCCGAGGAAGAAUAGUGGCAGAUGCAGCCAGGGAUGGCGAGGCCCAGGAGGGUUCUUCUCUCCCAUCCAAUAUUUAUGCCUUUUCAUUCAGGACUGUAAGAGAAUCGUGCAGGCCAUCAUGUCACCAUGUCAAGUCCAGAGGGGAGGUAUUAAGGACAGAUAUAAUAUUACACUAUUUCCUCUAGGGUGUGUAAAUGAACAGGCUUCUAAAAGGUUGAGACACUUUUUUUUUUUUUUAGAUGACUGUCUUGACAGCAAAAUGUGUGCUCCAUAAAAGAAGCCUUUUUUUUUUUUUUUUCUCUAGGCGGUGGGUAGGGUGCCGGAAUGCUAGCACAGAGCAAGUGCGAGUGACAUCAGAGAAAACUUAGGUUUGGUGGGGGUGUGUAUGUAUGAGUGCCUCUAAUUUUUUUGGUGACUGGGCGGUAUACACCAGAUUAUUUUUCCCCUUUGACUACAGAUCACCAUGGUGCUACAACUAUUUUUGUUUUUAAAGAAAUUCAAAGAGGCAUUUUUAUGACUAAAGUGACCUUCCCCAAGGCUGACAAGCCAGGGUUGAUGAGUGCAUAAUGGAAUAGCUUUGAAUUCUCCUCUGGGGCACACUAUGUACCAAGGAACACAUGUCCGUGGCCAGAGGAGAGGUGAUUUGGCUUUGCUGGAGCGCCAGUCUGCCGUGGCCUUUCCCCGACUCCCACCCUAGCACCCACGUUUUGCUCCACACUCGGUGACGACAGGGGCUCGGACACAAACCCCUGGCACCAGGAGAGUCAGUCAGCACGACCUGGGAGGGCUAAAGGGAAAUUUGGAAUAAAAAUUCCAAAGUGUGGAAUAAAAAAAAUUCAAGUGUUGAUUUUAUAUUCUUUCCCUUUCUGACACAGCCUGGAAGCGUAGGGGGAACAUGUGUUUAUCUGUGGGAGAUAAACAAGAUGGAGUCCCAAAGACUUUAACAAAAUAUUUUUUUAAAAAUCCACUAGAAUAGAAAAUACAUUAUUUAGAUAUACUUUAUGCUGAGAGUGUAUAUGCUUGUCCUAUUUAAACUUGUGAGAAAAAGUGGUAUCCCUUGAUACAUUUAGAAAUACGGAGGCUAUCUUGUUUCCUUGUGGGGGUGGGGCGGAAGGAGAAGAAAUGCAGGAUGACCCUGUCGGUGUAAGGAAUCUCAGCAUGGCCAGCAAGGGAUGUUUCCAGUCAGUUACCAGGAAAUGCACGCCUUGGGGGUUUCUACCGGUGAGGCUAUCACAAACUUUGAACUCGGAAGCCUAGACAGGGAAGAACGGCAGACCAAGGGAAAAGAAAUCUUGCCUUUUCUGCUAUUGCACGACAUAUCAACAGAAAACAUGCCUUUCGAAAUAAAACAAAAAAAAAAAAAACGUGAGAUGUGAACAAUUGGAAGAAUUCCAGGAAAACAAGUGAUUUUUAAAAAUGUAUGUGUUAAUAAUAAAAAAAAGAGGGGUCCUCUGAUGGACCGAUUCCGUGAAUGGGAACUUGGUAAGCACCAGGAGCAGCUCUGAAUUAGAGAAGUAAGUGCAAGAAGGCAGCUCUAACGGCACUGCUCCCUGGAGAGUUGUGCACGUGUUGAAAUGUAACCUGGGCUUACCUGAUCUUUUUGGGGGGAUGUUGCUGGGUCUAUGUGCCCUGGAAACCAGUGAGUGGGGCCGCCGGCCUCGCAGAUACAAUCGGUCCUGGCCCCCCAGACAUCAGGGCCUUCUCGGGAGUGGCAUGGCCGAGUCUUGUCACAGAGGCAGCCACCAUUUCGCUGCAACAAAAAGUUCACAGCAUUGGAUUCUUUUUUUCCUUCAACUGUUUAUCUGCUCAGCACUCUCAGUAAUGUCCAAUAACACUUCUUUUUAUGAAUAGUUACAGGCUUGUUGGUCCAGUGGGAUAUGGGUAGGAGGGAAAGAGAUACCUUCUAAAAUGGAUCAAUAGUCAGAACCAAAAUAAUACUGCAUGUUCUAUAACCACAAGGAAAUCAAAUGAUCCUGUAAUGAUGCCAGUUAGUCAUAACUACAUUAGCAGUGCUAAUUUCAUUUUAGAAAUGGUGACUUUUGUGGUUUUCCUAGCAUUUGUCUCUAACAAAUGAUGAAAUAAUUACUCAUGGCCCUCUCUGCCGCUCUCUUUCAUUUUUCACAGUGAAAUUAGACCCCUUCCCUUCACCAUUGUGCCACUGCAAAUUAAGUUUAAAAAAGAAAAAAAAAGAAAAAAGUAGCAAGACUACCCACACCAGUAGACAGUGUGCUUCUCUACCUAUAAAGUGAUGUAACUGUAGGUCAUGCUUGCCGCGGAGUUUUCAAGAUGAUUGGUAUCAGGCAGUUUUCAUCUUGUCCAAAAAGUGCUGGUGGCCUUUUGUGGUGUCGUGACAACCCUCUGGGGGCUUAGGAAAAUGUCGAUGCAACUUUGUAGGAGCUUUUCAUUUCAAAAAAACAAUUCAAAAGUCUGAAGGGCAGCCUUCGCUGCCUCUCAGCCCGUUAGUCAGACCCCAGCGACCUUUGCCCCUGGUUGCCUAGGGCUUUGCAACAUGAAGCAGGGAAAUGAGGAUCUGUCUGUUUAGUGGAUACCGUGUAUCCUGUAAUAGGCCAGGUAACAGUUUGUGUUAGUUUAGACUCUUGUUUUGUACUGUACUUUCUUGGGUGGCAGAGGAAAGAAAAGUAAAACAUAAAAAACAAAAAAAGCAGCAACAACAAACAAAAAAAACUGCGUUCUUUAAAUUCUGUAUUAGCAACCUCUGUUGUAUAUAGUGUUUGAUAAUAAAGUAUUAAUUUGAUUCUUA